AUGGGCUCUAUUCUCUUCUCCUUGGCGUUCCUGCUCGCCUUCUACAGCUGGGUAAGCAAGGAAACCCCUGCCAUGGCCACUGCUGCUGGGGGACUCAGAGCUGGGAAAGAGGUGGGUUCACACCUCAAUCAGGCUGAGCACCCUGCUGACCACCACUUCUCUCUGCAGAGGGCCACCAGCAAGGGCUGCAAUGGGCAGUGCCAGUGUGACCGCACGAAAGAGCCCAGCUGCCCUCCAGGUGUGAGAGUGGUAAUGGACGGCUGCAACUGCUGCCGCAUGUGCGCCAAGCAACUAGGGGAGUUGUGCGAGAAGCAAGACACCUGCGACAUGAUCCAGGGCCUCUACUGUGACCUUGGCACCCCUCCGAACCGCACGAUUGGAGUGUGCAAAAGCGUAGUAGGUGCCCCCUGCGAAUUGGAAGGGAAGGUGUACCAGAACGGAGAGACCUUUGUGCUCGCCUGCAAACUACAGUGCACUUGCAUCAAUCGAGACUUCUACUGCAGUAUGCUGUGCCCAGAAAACAAUGACCCUCCCAGCUCUGAGUGCCCCUUCUGGCGAAAGGUCAAGCCUCCAGGGGAAUGCUGCGAGGUGUGGGCUUGUGAGAAGCCCAAGGAGCUCACAACAGUUAGCACUAGCCUUGAAACUCGUCAACUUGAAAACACGGUUAGCCCAGACCCAACGAUGAUGCGACCCAACUGCCAGGUCCGGACCACAGAGUGGAGCGCCUGUUCCAAGACAUGUGGGAUGGGCAUCUCCACCCGGGUUACCAAUGACAACGCCAACUGCACGGUGGAAAAGCAGAACCGCCUCUGCAUCGACAGGCCUUGCCAAGCUGCCGUGGAGGAGGAAAUUAAGGUAUCUUAA